GAGAGAGAGAGAUAGGGGCCAUUAAAUUCACAGAAAGUGUGGUUUUUUUAGAGAGAGAGAUGGGAGUAGUGGCAUGCAUAGGAGUAGUAUCACCUUUCCCCUUCUACUACUGCCUUUGGAUAUACCCUCAGAGAUGGGUGGACCUCUGCGGCAAAGGUCGAGACCCUUCAAAAAUAAUGGCUAUAGUCUCUCACUUGUUGAAGCUCAUUCAGUUCCUCUCUCUAUUCUCCGUCUCUUCUCUCUCUUGGCCCCCUCCUUUCUACUUCUGGCCCCUCUUCCUCUUCGGCCAGUUCCUCAACGUCAGGGUAUACCAAUUGCUUGGUGAAUCAGGUACUUACUAUGGUGUUCGCUUUGGGAAGAACAUCCCAUGGGCAACUGAAUUUCCCUUUGGGGUAAUAAACGAUCCUCAAUACGUUGGAAGUAUUUUGAGUCUUUUUGCUUGUCUAUCUUGGGUCCCCUUCCUCUACAUUCUACUGUGGGUUCUCGGUUAUGUGUUUAUGAUCUAUAUAGAAUCUAAGGAAGAUCCUGCCACUCGUGCCAAGCCACUCCUUUAAAUUUGGCAAGAAACUGACCAGAGACAGUGAGUUAGAGGAACCAGCACAUCAGACUCCCUAUAUGAAGUAAUGUUAACGCACUCGAAUUUUACCGAAGAUGUAAUGAUGACCUUAUUGACCUUAUUGUUGUCAGUAAAAUUUCUGCAUGAUGAUUAGUUUUACCUGUUGGUCGGAAGAAUUAAUUGUAUUAUAAUGAAUAAUAGCAAUGAUAUUAAAGUUUGUGUAUCUGAUUUGAAUUGCAUUGAGUGUUGUUUUGCAGAUUUUUGUAAUAUGGAGAAUGUGAACUUGUAUAUUUAUGAUUGGGAAAAAGACUCAAUUGCUGAGUGUAUUUUUUGA